CAGGACUUCAGGAAGCUCAUGAGUCCAUCAAGUAACAUGAAGCACAAGUUUAGGCCGAUGAAGAAAAACUCCAAGGUGGAUAUCCUUCGCUUUUCAUUAGGAAAGUUUAAGCCUGCCUUGAGACAAAACUCAUCUAAGAAAGAGCCCACUUCAACCCAAAUUACCCUACAAGCUGACAAGCUCCCAGAUCUUCCUACUCCCCCUUCCAAACUUCAAAAUAUUCUCAUUGAAUUUAAUCGGCUAAAUGAAGAUUCAUUAAGAUCCGUGAAAAAGAAGAGUCGCCCUAAAAAUUCUAAAAGAACAAUAAAUGGAUUCUUUGCUUUUCGAACAUUUUAUAGCAAAUCUAUCUUCAAACCUGAUCAUCAACGCCAGCUUUCAUCGCUCCUCGCCGAAGCUUGGAGGGAAGAAAAGAAAAAGUCUAUAUGGGAUAAAUAUGCAGUUGUUUACAGAUUGCAAGCGCCAGAUAUAGGAUUUUUCGAUUGGCUAUGCGCUAAUUUGAACUUAGAAACGUCGACGAACAAACCAGAAGUCAAUUCUCCGGAAAUGAAGAAGCAUUCGCUCGGGAGGGUUGAAGAUUUGUUCUUGUCACCUUAGCUAUUUAAACGAAAAAAAAAAAGAAAAGUACUUUUGAC